CAAAUCAACCGUAAUUCUAUAUUCCCCUAAUCUCAAUUUUUCUACUUAAUUUUCCACUUUCUCCCCUAAUCCCCAUUAUCGCCUUCUGCGGUUAGGGCUUAUUCUUCAUACGCCAAUCCCUUUCUCUCUCUAGGUAUCUACUAUUUGUCUCUCAUCUUAUAACUUCUUCGCUCCCGAAAACAUACUCCCUCCUUUUCAGGGAUCUCAAACCCAUCUUUGCCCUUAAUCAUGUUCACUUGUGCUGAUUUUUCUUUCUUAUGUUGCACGUAAUUACUGGAUUCUACUUAAAUUGUUUCUUACCCACACUGUUUUCCUUUUCCCUCUCUGCCUGCUCAAUCUACAGAUUAAAGGUUGUAUAAUCACCUUGUGUUGCUGUUUCUUUCCAUUCAGCUUCUCUAGGCUGUAAAAAUGGGGCAUUGCUUAGCUAAGCAUAACAAGGGCGGCGAUGAUUCUGAUCAUAAUGUUGAGUUUGCUGGUGGAAAUGUGCACCUUAUCACGACAAUUGAAAGUUGGGAGCAAAAGAUUGCAGAAGCAAACAGAGAUGGAAAGAUUGUCACAUGUACUAGCAGUGGGGCAGAAUUCGUAUCUGUCUGUCUGCAGUCUGUUUGUAGGUAUGCCCAGUGGUCCAGCCAAUGUAGGCUACUCUUUUUCUGUUAUUCCAUCCAGUCGGUCAGUUGAUAGUUUGAUCAAGGGCAUGAAGACUAAGGUGAUUGCGAAUUUUAGUGCUACAUGGUGUGGGCCUUGUAAAAUGAUUGCACCUUACUAUGUUGAGCUAUCUGAGAAACACCCUUCAAUAAUGUUUCUAACAGUCGAUGUGGACGAACUUACUGAUUUCAGUACAUCAUGGGAUAUUAAAGCAACUCCAACCUUCUUCUUCCUUAAAGAUGGGCAACAAUUUGACAAACUUGUUGGUGCCAACAAGCCAGAACUGCAGAAGAAGAUGAUUGCCAUACUGGAUUCAGAGUCUCCAUGUCAAGAAUAGUUAUUAUGUUGUUGAGGCUGUGAUUAGUAGAUCUUCCCUCUAUUUAUAGAUGUACAAUUGUAAAUUCAAGUGGUUUUACUGUGUGGAUUCUAAAACCGUGUGUGAAGCUCCUAAAUUACGGAAAUGAUGUAUGUUUUGAGAAAUUGAUGAUCUUUGACUUUCUUGUGAAGUUCAUAUUUGUCUGCAUAAUAACUCUCUUUUCUCGUA